AUGAGGUCAGUAACACGCACUAUCAAAAGGACGCUCAGUGUGGGAGUGGAGCCACGGUUGCAACUGCUAAUCGACAGAAACCAGAUCCCCCGGGCCUCAGCACUCCUUCUCCAAAGCAAACGCAGCGGGUACAGCCCGCUGCCGGCCCACGCGUUGCGGCUCAUCCAAGUCGCAUGCGCCUCGAGCCCCCGGUACUUUGCCAAGAACGCCUACUGCGUGUUGCAAGUGUUGCAGCAGUACCCGGAGGUGAAACCAGCGGUGGCGGUGCAGUGCUUGGAGUACUUUGCCUCGCACAGUGUGGGCAACACCUACGCCAACCACUUGUUUUUCCACCUGUGGGGGGAGAUCAAGCUGCUCGGGCCCGAGAAAGUGACCCUCGCUGUUGCCUCAGUGCUCAAGGUCAACGCCGACAAUGGCAACAGCAUUGCCGCGAUCAAGGCGUGGAGGUUGGCGAAGCACCUCGUGGACUCAACAAAGGUUGCCGCCUUGUUGGUGCGGGUGUUCCGGUGCCACCACAAUGAUGAGGAAGUCCACCACGAACUCCCGCAGCUUGGAAACUCCCCCGAGUUGACUUCCUACAUGCUCUCGUUCUAUGCCAGGCGCGACCCAGCAAGGUUUGAGCUGUUGGUGAGCGCCCUCGAGACGCCCUUGUCAAGGUCAGCUCGCUGCGACUUGCUACAGGCGUUUAUCGACGGGGGCGACAGAGCACGAGCGCGGGCAAUCAUCGGGAGCAUUGGGCAGACGACGCCACGAGAGUUGGACUUGACUGUGAAGUGGUUGAUCUGGGAUGGCAAGACCCACCAAGCACGGCAGCUAGUGCAGAGGACCCCCAUUGAGGUUUCGAAAUGGGGGUGCCUCACUUUAUUCAAACAUACAGGGAACAAAGACCUCCUCAGCCAGCUCCACCGCCUUGCGGGCGACCCCGUGUUGGAGCAGUUUGCCAUUGAGAUGGUCCGCUCGGAGACCAACCUCAAAGAGUCCAUCCGGUGCCUCAUCGGCAUCCUCAGGGACUCGUCGUGGCACCUCCACCAAUCAAACAGACUUUACCAGAAACCGCCCCGCGUGGGGCUCCGCGUGAGGCUCGCGCCUGCAAGUCUAGUCCACUGUAUAAAGACCAUCGCCAUCAAGGCUGUACAGAGACGCGACAGAGAGUCGCUACGGUGGGCAAUCGAGGAGCUCCGCCGCUCCGGGUGGUGCCUCGCGUCCACCCUAGAGUUCUUACACUUCCACGACCAUGAGGGGUACCUCAAAACCACAUUAAAACACUAA